GCUCCUGACCACUGUCGAGCUUCAUCACUAGUCAUGACUACCCGAAAGACGAACAAGACAAGUGCAUCCGACUCUAGUGCGUCAGCUGCACGCGUGCGUGAGAAUCAAAGACGCUCAAGGGCGCGCAAGCGAGAAUAUGUCGCUUCGCUAGAAGAGCGGCUGCGACGCUGCCAGGCUGAGGGAGCAGAGAAGAACGAAAAGAUCCAGGCUGCCGCGCGAAAAGUUGCCGCAGAGAACCGAGCACUGCGGGAGCUUCUCCGCGAGAAGGGUGUAGACGAGGACGAGAUCGCCACUCGAGUCGGUGGGGACACCCAAGAUCCAAGGACACCAACAUCGCCCUCCUGCAGCAAUCCGUCUGCAAAUUGCUGCUGCACAGGCUUUUCGACUUCAAGUCCUCCGUCGUGUCCACCAUCGUCCUGCGGGGAGGGAUCUGCGUCUACGUCGUCUCUUCGGCCAACCAGCCCUCCAUCCAGCCUCGAAGUCGGUUCAAAUUUGACCGAUGACUCGCUGCUCUCCGCCCUCGUCUCCCUUUCGCCUAUUAUACCCGCCGUCAUGCCGCCUAGUCUCGUUCAACCGACGUCGGACGCCGCCCAGCACAGCGAUAUUCUCUCCCUUGUCGAGGGAGCAUCACUAUUUUCAGCCCCUGCGCCGAACGUGACCACGCCUCCAUGUCCUUGCGAGGCGGACUCCUUUCUCUACCCAGAAGCCGAGGACUCGUACACUUCCACGCCCUGCACUCUGGCUUACCAGCUACUACAAGCAGUGGGACUUCAGGCGCACCGAGAAGUGGACGAGGUCAUCAUCAACAUCGAGCUAUGGGGCGCAUUCCGUGCUGCCCCACUCUUCAGUUUUGAAGGCUGUCGAGUGGAGAAUAAUGCGCUGGUGCAUGUUCUGACGAAGGUUCUUUCCGGGUCUCUUCAUCUGUCCUAGACAUUCCACAUUAUAAUCAUGUUGCGUCGUCGUACACGAAAAUCAUCCCUGCAUCUUCCAGAAGAUGGCCUCUCAGGGCGAGCCUCGACCUUCCGAUCGGAACAGCGCAAGAAAGCAAUUCUCCAGUGUCAAG